AUGUCAUGGGAAGACAUUGUGGUACAUGGCAACUACCACCACCCCCUCCAUACACUCCAAUCCCACACAAUCCAAUGCCAAAACACAUCCCCCCUCACACCCCCCGCAACACCCCUAGCCCUGCAACCCCACCACCUCCUCUCCCCACCCCCAGACCGUCUAACAGACACCGCAACAACCCUAACAAUAACCAACGUCCAAGAGUCAGACGACCCUCCAAACACCACCUGCACCUCAAUAAUAAACCACAUCCACACCCACGAACCCCCAGACAGCCCAAACCGCCAAACCCCGCUCUUCACCGUCAACAGCAAGCAAUGGCCAAACACCACCCGUAUAAUCUGCGCGGUCGACGGCACGCCCUUACUCGUCCUGCGAAGAAUCUGGUUAUCCAGCGUCAGGAAAUGGGUUCUUCGACUCCCUGAGGCGACAGAAACACAAACAGAAACACAAACACCCAGAAAGAAAGAAAAGACGAAACCAGACCUCCUGGCAGCUUCUAUACCCUGGUCUAGUGAAGGGCAUGGCAAGAUCGGUCUUGGACAUGGGCAUAAGCUGGAUGUGAAAUUUAUCAAUGCGUUCCGUCCUGAGGGAUCAUCAUCUUUAUCACGAUCUAUCUCUGUCUCGAAUCUGAGGUCAAGGCCAGACGAUCCGCAACCGCCGCCCUAUACUGCCAGCGUCGACACUCCUGUCAGUCAAGAAGCUGUACCGCGCGGGAAACAAACCCCAAUCCCAUUUUCCAAUUCAAAUACAACGGAUACUUCUGUCCAAGCAAGACCAAGACCAACACCAACAAUACCCACACCUAUAUACGAUCCAAUCCCGCCCUCUGCUACUCCGAUAUCUCCAUCCCCAGCAAUGCUUCCAACCUACGACUCCGUCCGCCGAAACACAGUCCCACUAAAUACAUUCCGCGAUCUACUGGAUGCAAUCGAGCCACCACAGGAACCAGCAGCGCUAAUUCAACUCCCGACGAAUUCCAGUGCCGACGGCGACGAUGCUGGUUCCGGGUUGAACAUCGAGUUGAAGGUUAUGCAGCAUGCUGCUGUGGGGAUGGGUGUUAUGAUGGGGAAUGAUAUGAUUGUUCGGAUUACGAAGGGUUGUUCUGUGGAUUAUAGUAGGUCUAAGCCGAGGACGAGGGUUAGGUGGGAGGUUGAGGUUGCGGAGGGGGUUGAUUUGUUAUUGGCCGUGGGUAUUGUGCUGAUUAUUGCUGAGGCUUUUUCGAACCGGAAAUGA